GUGGUGGUCCCUAGAAUACCGUAGGUACUACCGCGGAGUUGCGAAUUUUACGAGACCCUGUCAACUUAAGUGUCAAGGACUGAGAGACUGAGACGGUAGACGAAUAUGUGAUUGUGAACGUGGUCAAGAUGUUGAAGAAAAAAGCCACCAAGAGUUUUGCUGAUGCUCUCUUAUCUGCUGAUGUAGAUGUUGAAUUGCCAUCUAAGCCAAAGAAAUUCAAGCCUAAGUUAAGUACGGCAUGUCAGGCAGCAAGAAAUAAAGAAACUGUCCCAAACAAAGGGUUGAGUCAAAAAUCCUUUCCACAAAGCAGACCUGAUAGAAAAAGUUUUCCUAAUAAGGGAAACGUAAAUGUAGACAAGAAUAGGAGGAAUUCUGUUCCAAGUCAAGCAGAGAAUUGUACUGCACAUUCAAGCUCACAAAAAACUAAAUCAGAGAUUGCCUUCUCAAAACCAUUUAAGUGUCCUUAUAGUGCAAACUUCAGAAAAAUACAGGACAGUGACAGUGAAUCAGAAGACUUUGAAAAUUCUAGCAAAGUUGAGGAAAGUCAUUUUGUGUCAAAUCGUCAAAUCGGCAAAGCUGACAAAAGAGUAAAAAAAUUAUUGGCUGAAGACAAAGAACAGGAAGACAAAGCAAAGAUUUUGCUUGCAGUUGAUGAAGAACUAAUGAUAUUUGACCUUCAGUUGGAAGAUGAAAUGCAAGCAGAACUUGAAGAACCCAAAUCCAUUCAUAUAACUGUGCUGCCAUCAGGCAUUCCUUUCCUUCACUCACUGCACUGCCACACCCUCUAUGCUCCUGAGAAAGUUAUGUGGCCAUUUGUGCCAUCAAUAGCCGGCAGCAAAGGCAGUUCUAGAGGCAACACGGCAGCUCUCAUGAGAUGGCUGGGGUCGCUUAAUGCCACUCAAGUCAAAGAACUCAUCCUAUCCAGGGCACUCAUGGAGCCAGAAUUGCCUACAGAUGUCGUGUGUCCGCUGCUAAAAUACCUCAUACGCUACAUUGCUGCUCAUCCUCUGGCACCUUCUAGUCUUGGAUCUGAUAAAGCUGUCCCUCCUGAAGAAGUAGGUGAUAAAGCUGUCCCUCCUGAAGAAGGAGGUGAUGAUGAGAUGGUAACUGCUGCACAUCAACUCAUUACCUUCCAUUUAACCACUUCCACAGCACCAGCAGCACUGCUUAAAAGUUUCCUUGCUGAAAUCCCUCUGGCACUUGUAAACUUGGGCGGCAACCAAUCAUGUUUUCCACACUCCACCUUGGCGUGCUGGAGCAUCUCUUCCGAGCUCCAUCACAACAAGACCCCAAACUCUGCCUCUGACUCCUGUGCACAGAUGAACUCCAUCAAACUUCUGUUGAAUGCCUUAUGCAGCGGCCUGGCACAACUAACGCAUCAUCUGUCCUCAACAGAAACUCAAAUGGCGAGCAGUUCAGUGGAGGAAGGCAUGCUGGACGCUCUGGUCUCGUGGUUGUGCAGACUUGGUCAAGACCCUGCAGUACUAACGUCCUCCCUUCACACCACCGUUGCUACCGCCAUUUCCCACACACUUCAACUAUACCGAGAUUUUCAGGCAAAGGUGCAGGACCUUGUGGAGAUUAUAUCGGAGCCUUGGCUGAGCAAUCCUGACUCAGAGGAGAGUGGCAGCAAUGAGGCUGGCAGUGACAGCAGCAAGAGCUUCCCUCACCACACUGCCAGCUUUGUCUGCCACACAUUACUGGCAAACUCGCACCGCUGCAGGCAGCUGGCAUCAUCCCUGGCAUUCCUGGCCCUGACAGACUGCCUGCAGUGUGACAGCGUUGAGGUCCUCGAUGCUGUUGAGAUGAGUGACACGCUCGUUACAGUGUGA